CCACCUAUAAAUUAAAGGCUCGGCGACGACGAUGAGCUUGUGUAGAAAGUAGAAACACCACUAGAGAAGAUCCUCACUGUCCUCACAUUGCUGCGAUCUCUAGGACUUUCCCUUGUACGUAAGUCCAUUUGACGUGGACAGAUGGACCAGUAUGAAAAAGUUGAGAAGAUUGGUGAAGGAACAUAUGGUGUGGUUUAUAAGGCUCGUGACAAGGUGACCAAUGAAACUAUUGCUUUGAAGAAGAUCCGGCUGGAGCAGGAAGAUGAGGGAGUUCCAAGCACUGCUAUUAGGGAAAUUUCUCUCUUGAAAGAAAUGCAACAUGGAAAUAUUGUCAGGUUGCAAGAUGUAGUGCACAGUGAAAAGCGAUUGUAUCUGGUCUUUGAAUAUCUGGACUUGGACCUGAAGAAACACAUGGAUUCGUGUCCAGAGUUCGCAAAGAAUCCACAUCUGAUAAAAAUGUUUCUGUAUCAAAUACUUCGCGGUAUUGCCUAUUGUCAUUCUCAUAGAGUUCUGCAUCGAGAUCUGAAGCCUCAAAACUUGCUGAUAGACCGUCGUACAAAUGCACUGAAGCUUGCAGACUUUGGAUUGGCCAGAGCAUUUGGUAUUCCUGUCCGGACAUUCACGCAUGAGGUGGUGACACUAUGGUACAGGGCACCAGAAAUACUACUUGGAUCCCGCCACUACUCUACUCCUGUUGAUGUUUGGUCAGUUGGUUGUAUAUUUGCUGAGAUGGUAAACCAGAGACCACUGUUUCCUGGUGACUCCGAGAUAGAUGAAUUAUUCAAGAUUUUCAGGUGUUGCAUAUUUCAAUCAAUUGCAUUCUUCUUUUCGUUUCUGGAAGAAUCCUUAGCAAUGUGGGCCCCCAGUGGACUUUCUACAAACUUAGAUCUCCUAUAUCUCUGUUUGUUAUUGUCAUGAUCAAUUAUGCAAUAUUUCUUGAGCGAAAUAGUAGACAUCUGGGAGUACUUCAUUGGGAUGUGGCUUUAAAAUGCAGGAAAAAAAAUUACAGAUUUUUUUUGACAUUGUGUCUUGAUCUUAUUGUAGAAUUGUCCCUUCUAUGUCUAAUUUUCACUUAACUGCAGUUUAUUCCCUUAUGUGCUUUGUAUUUAUUCUAUGUAUUUAUAUAUGGUCUUCCCUUUAUAAAUGAAGAGAAAUGGGAACUCCCAAUGAGGAUACAUGGCCUGGAGUGACUUCGCUGCCUGAUUUUAAAUCUGCAUUUCCGAAGUGGCCUCCUAAGGACCUGGCAACUGUGGUCCCAGAUCUUGAUUCAGCCGGGCUUGAUCUCCUUAGUAAAAUGCUGUGCUUGGAUCCCAGCAAGAGAAUUACGGCAAGGAAUGCUCUUGAGCAUGAGUACUUUAAGGAUAUUGGGUCUGUACCUUAAUUUCCUAUCGCUCGUCCUUGUUGAAAGUGUAUAUUGGUAUGUGGCAUCUGUGAGGUUUUAUUAUGUGAGAUAUAUGUGCUGUUUUUAGGGGUAUUUUUUUUCUUUCUUUCUUUUGAUUCCUUGGAGAUAACCAAAAUUUCAAUUUAGUGUUUUCGGCAGAGCCAUCGUAGGAUUGCUUGUGUUGCUCCAUCAUCUCAAAUUCCUUUCUCAUGUUAAAGAUAGCUAUUGAGUCCUUUUUUUAAAAAAUUUUACUUGUAACAUUUCCAUGAAGAACAUAUAUUGGCUUGUAUCCUCUUCUUGGAGGUGUUACUUUGGUGUGUAUUUGGUUUUGCAAUCAAUUGUUUCUUCUCUUUCUUUGCCGAUUUACUUUUUUGGAAUCUUUGUAAUACAAAUUCAUGGCUAUUU